AUGGAUCCCAACCAGUCUGUAGUUGAAAACUACGCAAAUCCAAGGACUUGCUUCUUUCAUGUUCUUUUCAAGGGUGCGGCUUUGGCAUUUUACAUUCUCUCGGCUCUUUUUAUUGAUAACUUUGUUAUCAUUUUUGUGGUGACUGUUCUUCUUGCUGCUCUUGAUUUUUGGGUUGUUAAGAAUGUGAGUGGACGGAUUUUAGUUGGUUUGAGAUGGUGGAAUGAAAUUGAUGAUCUUGGUGAGAGUGUUUGGAAAUUUGAAUGUCUGGAUCAAGAGUCAUUGGCUCGGAUGAACAAGAAAGAUUCAUGGCUUUUCUGGUGGACCCUUUACCUUUCGGCAGUUGCGUGGAUUAUGUUGGCUAUAUUCUCGCUCAUAAGGCUUCAGGCUGAUUAUCUCCUUGUUGUAGGAGUUUGUUUGACCCUAAGCAUUGCAAAUAUUGUUGGUUUUACCAAAUGCAAAAAAGAUGCUAAGAAGCAGAUUCAACAAUAUGCCUCUCAGACAAUUGCCUCUCGGUUCUCGUCUACCUUACAGUCAGCAUUCAGUAUUGUCUGA